UUGCAGGACUUCGAGUGGGAGGCGCUUUUAGGCGACGGGUCCUUCGGCCAGGUGCACCGCUGCCGCAACAAGCACAGCGGCGACCCGCGCGCCGUCAAGGUCGUCCACGUCGCGUCCGGCGACCUGGAGCGCGCCGCGCUCGAGAUGGAGUUCCAGCAGGUCGCGUCGGCGCUCGCGGCGACCAAGGUCGUGCGCCUCGAGACCUGGGGCCAGGUCGAGGAGGAGUACCUCUUCGCGGUCAUGGAGUACGCGGCGGGCGGCGAGCUCCGCGGUCGCAUCGGCGCAGAAGGCGUCGACGUGGCCCUCUUCUGGCGCUGGGCGUCGCAGCUCGCCGACGCCGUCGCGGAGCUCCACGCGCGGAAGCUCGUGCACCGCGACCUCAAGCCGGAGAACGUGCUGCUCACGGCGGCCGGCGACGUCCGCCUCGCGGAUCUGGGGCUGGCGCGAGCUUUGCGGGACGAGGCGCCGGAGACGAUGACCGUCGCGGGCACGCUCAACUACAUGGCGCCCGAGUUAUUGGCGGGCAAGCGCGCGUCGGCCAAGGCGGACACGUGGUCCCUCGCGGUCAUCUUCUUCGAGAUGCGGACCGGGUCGCUGCCGGUCCACGACGACGAGCGCGCC